AUGAGUGGCCGGUCAAGUCGCACAUUAUAUGUUGGCAAUCUUCCCGGCGAUAUUCGUCUGAGAGAAGUAGAGGAUCUUUUCUACAAGUAUGGUCCUAUUGUUGACAUUGAUUUGAAGAUCCCUCCUAAGCCACCGGGUUAUGCUUUUGUUGAGUUUGAGGAUGCUCGUGAUGCUCAAGAUGCAAUUUACUACAGAGAUGGUUAUGAUUUUGAUGGUUAUCGAUUACGGGUUGAACUUGCACAUGGUGGACGGUCAAGUUCAUCAUCAGUAGACCGAUAUAGUAGGCAUAGCGGUAGAAGUGGUAGCCACGGAGUUUCCAGGCGAUCUGACUAUCGUGUUCUGGUGACUGGAUUACCUCCUUCUGCUUCAUGGCAAGACCUGAAAGAUCACAUGCGUAAAGCUGGUGAUGUGUGUUUUUCUCAAGUAUUCCGGGAGCGUGGAGGCUUGAUUGGGAUAGUGGAUUAUACCAAUUAUGAUGAUGUGAAAUAUGCUAUCAGGAAACUUGAUGACUCUGAAUUUCGAAAUGCAUUUUCUCGGGCAUACAUACGAGUGAGGGAAUAUGAUCGGAGUUACUCUAGAAGUCCUAGUCGUGAUUCAAGGAGGAGCUAUUCUCGAAGCCGCAGCCCAUAUGCAUCACGAAGUCAAAGCCGCAGUCUAAGUCAUAGCUACAGUGGCAGGAGCAGAAGUUUGUCUCCGAAAGCAAAACACUCUCGGCACUCAUUGUCUCUUUCAAGAUCCCAUUCGAGAUCCAGAUCCCCGAGCUUGUCUCCUAGACAUUACCGGAGUCGCAGUCCUAGCCAAAGUUCAAGGAGUGUGUAA